GGGGGCGCCCCCUCGGCAGAGCUGGGCUGCAGCGCCGAGCUCGCAAUACUGCCGGCGCUCCCUAGCGUGCGCGCAGAGGCGUCGGAGCCCAUCCAACCAUGGAAGCCGCAGCUGUCCUGCCUAGGUACCUCCAGUUGAGGCUGCUGCUGGUUCUGUUGCUGCUGGUUUUGCUUCGGGCUGGUCCUGUGUGGCCCGACAGUAAGGUGUUCAGUGACCUGGACCAGGUGCGGAUGACCUCAGAGGGCUCUGACUGCCGCUGCAAAUGCAUCAUGCGACCGCUGAGCAAGGAUGCAUGCAGCCGGGUGCGGAGUGGACGGGCACGAGUAGAGGACUUCUACACUGUGGAGACUGUGAGCUCAGGGUCUGACUGCCGGUGCUCAUGCACCGCACCACCCUCCUCACUCAACCCCUGUGAGAACGAGUGGAAGAUGGAAAAACUGAAGAAGCAGGCACCUGAGCUCCUCAAGCUGCAGUCUAUGGUGGAUCUCCUGGAGGGUGCCCUGUACAGCAUGGAUCUGAUGAAAGUACAUGCCUACAUCCAGAAGGUGGCCUCCCAGAUGAAUACACUGGAGGAGAGCAUCAAGGCCAACCUGAGCCUGGAGAACGAGGUUGUGAAAGACAGCGUACGCCACCUCAGCGAGCAACUGAAGAGCUAUGAGAACCAGUCAGCCAUCAUGAUGAGCAUCAAGAAGGAGCUGUCUAGCCUGGGCCUCCAGUUGCUGCAGAGGGAUGCAGCUGCUGUCCCUGCCACUGCCCCAGCCUCCAGCCCGGACAGCAAGGCUCAGGACACAGCUGGAGGGCAAGGCAAAGAUCUCAGCAAAUAUGGCAGCAUACAGAAGAGCUUCUCAGACAAGAGCCUUGCAAAGCCUCCCAAGGAGAAGCUGCUGAAAGUGGAGAAGCUGAGGAAGGAGAACAUCAAGGGCAGACUACCCCAGCCUACAGCCAGGCCACGUGCACUAGCUCAGCAGCAGGCAGUGAUCCGAGGCUUCACCUACUACAAGGCGGGCAGACAGGAGGCCCCCAAGGCUGCCGCUGACAACACCCUCAAAGGUACUUCCUGGCUGGAGAAGUUACCACCCAAGAUAGAGGCUAAGCUUCCAGAGCCUAACUCUGCCAAACAUGAUGACGUCAGGCUGCAGGCUUCAGAAGGAGCCAACUUGGCCCCUGACAUCUCCAUCAGCACCACCAGCACCACCAGCACCACCAGCACCACCAGCACCACCAGCACCACCAGCACCACCACCACCCCAACCCCCAUCACCACUCCCUGGCCCACUGAGCCACCUUUGCAUCCAGAAGUCCCCAGCCAAGGUCGGGAGGACAGCUGUGAGGGCACACUCCGAGCGGUGGAUCCCCCCGUGAAGCACCACAGUUAUGGGCGCCAUGAGGGGGCCUGGAUGAAGGACCCUGCAGCUCUUGAUGACAGGAUCUAUGUCACCAACUACUACUACGGAAACAGCCUGGUGGAGUUUCGAAACCUGGAAAAUUUCAAACAAGGCCGAUGGAGUAAUAUGUACAAGUUACCCUACAACUGGAUAGGCACAGGCCAUGUUGUGUACCAAGGUGCCUUCUACUACAACCGUGCCUUCACCAAGAAUAUCAUCAAAUAUGACCUGCGCCAACGAUUUGUGGCCUCCUGGGCCCUGCUGCCUGAUGUGGUCUAUGAGGACACCACACCCUGGAAGUGGCGUGGCCACUCGGACAUUGACUUUGCCGUGGAUGAGAGUGGCCUGUGGGUCAUCUACCCAGCUGUGGAUGAGCAUGAUGAAACACAGCAUGAGGUGAUUGUGUUGAGCCGCCUGGACCCUGCAGACCUCUCUGUGCACCGGGAGACCACGUGGAAGACAAGGCUGAGGAGGAACUCCUAUGGGAACUGCUUUCUGGUGUGUGGCAUCCUCUACACCGUGGACACUUACAACCAGCACGAAGGCCAGGUGGCCUAUGCGUUCGACACCCACACAGGCACUGAUGCUCACCCACAGUUGCCCUUCCUCAAUGAGUAUUCCUAUACUACCCAGGUUGACUACAACCCCAAGGAGCGGGUGCUCUAUGCCUGGGACAAUGGCCACCAGCUCACCUACACUCUCCACUUUGUGGUCUGAGUGGGGACCUGUGUUCACAAGGGAGGGCAGCAGAGGAGAAAGGGCUAUCCUUAGCAACUCUUGCAAUUGAUAUAAGUAUCAGUUGGGGGUGGGGGUGUCCUGGGCUAGGUAUUGGCUUUGAUGGCUUUGAGUACUUUCUCAGUGCCCAGUAGGUGACACUUCCACAGCUACGCUGUGCUAGGAGCUUUUCCUGCACUUACCCUUUUGACUCCUUCUUCUUCCCUUAAGCCCGUUGAGCAGAUGAAGUGACUAAAGCCCAAAGGAGCAGCAUCCCAGCUAGAAGGGCGGGCUAUGUCCUCACGAAAGCCCCAUUUUACAGAUGAGAUGACCUUGCCAUAGUCUUCCCACCUCUAGUCCCUCCCAGGGCUCUGCAAAGCCUGAGGUCUUUGGGACCUAUGCACGGCUGCUGUGCAGCUUCAGGCCUCUCUUCUGGUUGAAUACUGGUAACCUUGAGCUUAGAGCCUCUUGACCUAUGGUCAGCCCCUGUGCUCUUCUGCUCUGCUGUCUAACCACAUUCCAGAAGGUCACCAUCACAGCCACUAAGCAGUAACUGAGGCAAAUGCUGGCCAGGUCCAUGGCCCUUCCUCUCUAACUACUUCUUGUCCUUACGUUUCUUGCACAUUUUGUAGCAGAUGAGAAGGUACAGGCAGCUCAGCUCUGGCAGUGUGGGGUGCUAGCCUCAGCUCCCCUGACCUUAACUACUAUACCAGAAGCCCUCACCUUGGCCAUCCACUAGGCCUCGACUCCUUCCUUAGCCCUUCCCAAAGCCUUGGGCCUUCAAAGCUAUUCUGUUCACACUCAGGGAUUGCUAAGAGUAAGGCCUUUGUCCCCAGAAUGGGUGGCCCCAAGAUGGAACAGGCUCUGUCUCCCUUGUCAAUCUUAAUCUGGUCAUUUGGUGGGCUGAUUCAGCAGCCUGGGAAUCUGAGGGAAACAAAGGCAGAGGGGUUCAGAAGAGACUUCUUAGCUUGCAGGAUAAAACCCAGAGGUAGAGGCAGGGGAGCGUAGACUGGGGUCUCAGCACCAGAAUUUUUUUUGAGAUAGGACUUGGGUUUGUGGGUACCUAAGUGAACAUAUAUAAGCUACCUUAAAAUAGGGUUGGCAGCUAGCUGCCCUGGUGCCACUUGUGGCCCCCAGAUAGCCCUGAGAACAUGACCUUUCAAGCCAGACUAUGGCAGCUUUGGCCAUUGUUUUUAAAGGUGGAGAGAAGUUCUUUUGCCCAUCUCCUUGUUUUACCAAAGGUUUUACCCAAUGGUUUUACCCAAUGGUUCUAGGGUAUGGGUGGAGCCAUACGGGGCAGGAUAUAGCUGAUCUCCUUUGGUUAAGUCCUAUACUGAGCUCUGCCUGCAAAAACAGAUCCCCAGUACCUUUGAAGGUGUCUAUCGCUGACCCCUAGCCUGCCCCUGGACCCUGGAGGUUUCCUUGUGCCCUAUGCCCGUUCCUAGGAUGCCUGAAGUGAAAUACCAAUUUGUGAAAUCCUACUGUGCAGUACUGGGUUAGGGAGAUUCAGGUUCUGUGCAGACUUCCUUUCUUCCAGACAUUGUUGGGUGAAUAACUCACUCCUGAAAUAAAGAGGGACAGUGACAGCCAGCCCAGCCAGGUCUGACUCACAGUGGUAGCCACAUCCAGCUUCCCCCACCCAGCUGACCACCACAGGCUCCUCUUCCAGCCUCUUCAGAGAACUUGGAGGCCCCAGCCUUUCCCUUGGCCCUGGGUGUGGGUCUUUUCAAGACUCUGUAUUAUUUUGUGAUGUCAUAGCCUAACCAUGUGAGAGGUGCUCAGGCAAUUGCAGCAGCCCGAGAAAAGGGAACGCUAGGACACACUAGUUUUGAAAAGUAAAUAUGUGGCAUAGUAUCUUGGGGUGGGACAACAGGGCCUGCCAUAGUCCCCAAUUGUCCUCCAGGCCCCUUCUGUUUUCAGUCCUUUAAGUGUUGUAUGGUAAACAUAGUCCAUUUCCUCAUUUGUAAAUGGCCAUUACUGGAUCCCAAGUAACUCACUUGUCACAUAGGCUGGUAAUGGAAGAGCCAGGUUUCCAAAUCAGGUAAACUGUCACUGUUAUCUGAGAACCAUCAGUAUGCUGGACAUACUGUAGAAAGUAAACUACAAAAGGGCUCAUUGGCAGGUGAGGACAACGACAGGAAUUUACUCUAGAUCACAUAACAGUGUAGCCUGUGUCAAGACUAGGGGUUUACCGGGGAGUGAUGGUGCACGUCUUUAAUCCCAGCACUUAGGAGGCAGAGGCAGGUGGAUUUCUGAGUUCAAGGCCAGCCUGGUCUACAGAGUGAGUUCCAGAACAGCCAGGACUACGCAGAGAAACCCUGUCUCGAAAAAACAAAAAACAAACAAACAAAACAAAAAAGACUAGGGGUUCAAGGCUCAUCAGAGUCUUUGUGCCUUGUUGGUAACAAGCUCCAAAAGUGCUGGUAGUUGCAGUCAUUCAAGAUGGCCAGGUCAAGAGCUCCCCAAAAGGCUGAUUUCUACAAAGCUUUGAACACCAAGCCCAGGAGGGGCCACAUUUAGCCUUGUCUAGAACAACACUAUAAAUUAACAGAGCCAAGGAGAUUCUGACACGGUUUCAAAUUAGAUUUUGUCCUGUUGGUGAUGAGAAGUAUGCAAGGGGUUGUGCUGAGGAGCCUGAAUCUGCCAAUUUGUGAGCUCUAAAGGAAAUCUGGCUUCCCAUUACCACACACACAAUCACACAUACAGACAUCUUCACACACUUACCACAUACACAACACACAUAUACAUACUACAUACAUCCACACACAUACACUCACAUACCACACAUACACAUGUAUGCACUCACACAUACCUUGGGUUGUAUUUUUCAGGGCAAAGGUACUUCACAGAAGGAGAGGUCUGGACUGUACAGAACUGCCCACUGACUUUUUUAUAAGGACAAAACAUCCUGUGUCUCUGAACAACUCUAUAGUUGAAAGGGCUUCCGCUUCCAUCACUGAUUCCUCUCAAGAGAUUGCCAGUGGUGCUUGGCACAGCCUGGGACCCAGCAGAGAAUCUUAUUCUCCUUCCUAUGUCGAAGACCCAGUGCAGGGCAUCGUGUGGCUGUCAGAGUCCUAGGUGCAAGGGAAUUGGAAAGCCUGGGUUAGUUUCCAGUUGGCCCCCAUGCUGUCUUUCCCUCUCAGGCUGGGUAGGGGUAUUAACUCCCUCAGAGAGGUGGAACCAAGGCUUAGUGAGAAGAGAAGACCUCCCAGCACCUUCCAGAACUGGAACUCACUUUGAUCUGCAGUCAUGCUAAUCCACCCUGAAACCCCCGAAUUGGUAGUAUUUUCUCUUAUUAUGGGUUAUGAACCUUGAGUUGAAAGAAGUUGAGCAAUUUGGUCAGGGUUGCGUAUCUGGCAUAUGGAGGUAAGAUCAGAAGUAUGUCUCUUUACACCAAAGCCCCCAACUAACUGUUGAAGUAGUCAUGUUUUUGUUUUUCUUGGUUUGAGACAAUAGGAAGCUCAGAGACAAGCUUGAGAUCAUUUUAAACAAACACUUGCAUGGAGUUUAGCCAGCUUCAUUCUAGCUUUGUGCAUGUACCUUUACCCUGAUUUAUUUUUAUUCUACUGUAUUUUUUAUCUAUUUUUGUAAGGUGCCACAGGAUCUUUUUGCAACAGGGUAGUAUAUACAUAAAUAAAACCCAUGACUAGAG